CCCUCGGUGUGCCAUCCAUAAAGCCUCGACAGAGGAGGAAAGACUUGGAAGAGGAACACAUGCUAUAAACUGUCUGACUGGAUAACGUUUUCUCGUGAGGAGCCUGAAUAAAAAGCUUCAAUGAUGAAGACCCCAUCAGUGCUCAUCUCGGUAGCAGUUUUGGCACUGCUGCUCUGCCCGCUUUUACAUAGGAGCACAGAUGCUGCCACCUUUCAAGGCGCGUACCCACACAAAUACAACCCAAACGAAUCGGAUAGAUGUCAACAACCCGCCCUCAGUGGACUAAUUUCCCGCGGGAUGGGGUCUGUAACCCCAACCGACGAAGUGCUGGAGUCCAGUCAGGAGGCGCUGCAUGUCACGGAGCGUCGCUACCUGCGGCUGGACUGGUGCAAGACACAGCCGCUCAAGCAGACCAUCCAAGAGGAGGGCUGCCUGAGCCGCACCAUCCUCAACCGGUUUUGCUACGGACAAUGCAACUCCUUUUACAUCCCGAGGCACAAUUACCAGGACGGAGACGCCUUUCAGUCCUGCUCGGCCUGCAAACCCAAAACCUUCAGCACCAUCACUUACACCCUCUUCUGCCCGGGUCAGAUACCCAGCACCAGGAAGAAACGGAUCCAGCGCGUAAAGCAGUGCCGCUGCACAACAAUAGAUACGGAUUAGACGCGAACUGACACAUCCAGAUUGAUAAUGGCCUUCUUCCCACUUCCAUUGGAGGAAAUAUGCUGCUUUGCAAAAAAACAAAAAAAAACAACUGAAAGCGUAUUUUGUUUAAAGGACACAUGAGAAUAAAGUGGGAAUAGAAAGGUGAGGAACUUACCUGAGCUGUUUUUUUUAUGAUCAAUGGAGAGAAAUAUGACACUUUGAGCUGCAAUUAUUAAUCCAUCACUCUGUCCGAAUAUCUAAUCUGUCAAUUAUCAGUCAUUGCUUCCACAGUCAUUUUUUUUUUUUCUGUUUCAGGAUUUUAGAUCCAGGGACUUUCCCAGCGUUUAGGGAUUAGUUAAAAAAAGGAUGAUCUAAAAAAAAAAAAAAAAAAAAAAAAAAAGUUUAAGUUAGGUUUGUUUUAUUU